AUGGCAAAUCCAUCUAGCAAGAGAUGCAAAUUCCUGGCAUGGGAUGCAUUUUCCAACUGCCAUACUCCCUCUGAAGAAUCAGCUGACUCUCCGAAGAGAUGCAAGCUUAUUGCUUCUAGCCUCAAGGAUGCCUUUGCUGACUGCCACACUUUUCGGGCCAGGCUUUCAUCUUCUUCUCCGGAAGAUAAUCAUCUCCCGUGCACCGACUUUAUGGAUGAAGAAGAAGUUUUUAUUUCUGAGGUUAUAAGUAAGUACAUGGAAUCCAAAACCAGGUUCACAGUGGAGAGUUUCAGCUGGGCUCUAUCUCCAGAAACAAGAGAACUUUUCAUUACUCCUAAGCCAGUACAGCAAAAAAGCAAUGAGAUUGAAGACCUUUCAAUGCAGCAAAAAAGCAACGAGAUUGAAACCAUAGACGAUGAUUUCCUUUCAGCUCGAAGUCAGCUUUCUCGCUGCUCCAGCGUCACAAGCAUCGGACCCUUCUCAUCCGCCAGGACGGCAUUUUCCCGCAGCUCAAGCUUGAGCAGGAUCGACUUCCAAGAUGUGCAGAGGCGGCGUUUGAUGAUGCAGGAACUAAGCCAUUGUCAGGGGUGGCCAUUCGGGCUCUGCAAGAAAGCUCUGUUGCUUCCUCCCUUGCCAAAAUCCCCUGCUGAUUCUUGGCUAUGGCGUAAACCUUCUAGAGUCAUCAGAACUCGGUGA